CGAAAGUCUGCGAAGCAUCAAAUAUUCACAUUUUAUCUUUCCAUGUCUGCUGAAGCGCAGCAACUUGACCCGCCUGUUAAGUGCUAGCUCUCUACCAUCGACAUCAGCUCGACGAUGUCCUCAAGUACUCACACCAGGCCGCGAAGUACAAACACGCUGUAGCUGGAUACUGUGUACCUAAAGGCAUUGUCUAAUAGGUUCAAUCGGCGAAACGGUCCGCCCAUCAAGGACUUGCACAUCGUACUAGUUCCAUCAGACGCCUAUCUACCGAGAGAUAGGGCUUGGGGCUCAGCGCGGGGGAAACGAUCCGAAUCUCGGAGGAGCUCCUCCCAUAUGAAAGGCAACACUCCCUCCCGACCUGGUCAGCAUCUGGCAACAUCUUCAUUUCGACAUUGGACCGUGCUGCCCCAUACCCCAGUCUCUCACGCCAUUCGGACGCAAUUACAAAUUAGUCAAUGGAGGAACGCGUCUUGCAGCCAUUUCAAUGCGUGACAUGCAAGUCCAGAUUUACACGCCAUGAAAACCUGAAGCGACACCUGCUAUUGCAUCGUGCCUCAAACGGUAGUACUAAGCAUCCGUGCUUCUACUGCGACAGACUAUUCUCCCGAAGAGAUCUGAGGAAGCGUCACAUCAAGAAGCAACAUCCACAAUGUGACACUGAUCCCGACCGAGGCCAUGACGAGAAUGUCAACGCAGUGUCAACGAGUACCUCGGCGGAGCCUAUAGAUCUCCUCAGUCACAUCGAGACACAUCAAAAAGAGACUGAAUGUCCUGGACCCAAUCAUGACCCAGUAUAUCCUCGAACCCCUUCUUUGUCUGGCGAUGAUCUCGCACAUAUAGACAUCGCGGAGAGAGAUCCUACGAUACCGUGGACUAAUAAUGCCUGUUUGUCGCCGAAUAAAAACCCACCAUCCUCCUCGAUGUCUCAGGCCCCAACGAGGACGAUCCUUGCGGAGACUCUGCUUCCUGCAACAAUACAGAGAGGCGUAGAGCUCUUCUUCAUACACGUGUCACCUUAUCUUCCAUUCAUUCACCAGCACACCUUUGAUACUGUCAAUGUACCCGAGGCUUUGUUGAUGGGUAUGCUCAGUGUCAGCCUCCAAUUUGAGUCCGAGCAAGAGAAAGAUUCCAAGAUGUCAGCUCUUGCGUUUUCACGUGGACGAGAGCUCCUCGGUCAGAUGAAUGACUCUGAGGAGCCACUUUUUGCGAUGAAUAUACACACUGUGCAGGCCUACAUUCUGUUAGAGAUGCACGCUGCCAUGUACUCCGGAGGUCUAAGUACAACUAUCGGGUUACAGAUGCAUCACAAAUCGGUCGAGCUUGUGCGACGCUAUGGUCUGACCGAGCCUCUCACGGUUCACUCGGGGAGAACAGAAGACUUGGAUGCACUCUGGAGACAGUUCAUACGCAGCGAGAGUCACAAAAGGACACUAUAUACGGUCAAUCAGCUCGAUGUCUAUUGGUACGACACGCUGUCACAGCCUCGACUGCUAUCCCAUCUUGAGAUCAAGCAUGAUCUUCCUUGCUCCGAGCAGGUCUGGUCAUGCUCAUCCUCAACUGCUUGGGCUCAUCAAGCGCUCACGCAGAGAACCUCGGCAUCGCCCAAAUAUCUCACAGCCAUACAAGAAUGUCUUUCGUCCAGCGUCACAUUCGACGUCUCUGCCUUGGAGCCCUACAGCGCUUUGAUCGUCCUCUUGUUCUUGUUGAGCAGUGCGCGCGAACUUUCCGGAUGGACGACUAUGACGGGCCGGCUUUGCUUUGAGAGAUUUGAUGCUCUUAAUGCAAGUCUUCUGGCGUUUGAGCCUUUGGUCGACAAAUUCGCAGAUGAUGAUCCGAUGGCGGUUCUGAUGAAGUCAACAUGGCAUAUGGUGAUGAUUGAACUGUUACACUGGUCACAUACCCAUACGAAUGGAGUCGUUGAAGGCAGUCUUGACGCCGCGUUUGCAGCAGCUACCCAUCUCAGCAUGACUCAGGAGAUUUCGCCAUCUCUUGAAGCCAUAGCUUCACUAGAGCCGCAUAUCAAUUACUUCCUCUCACUUCUUAGCUGUGAGCACGAGGUUUAUAACGAGGCGCCUUGGGUGACAAUUUUUGCUUUCAAAGCUGCUUUGAUCGGUUGGCAGCUCUUCUCCGCAGAUUGCUGGAAACCUGCAGAUUUCAUUGGAGCUGGUGACAAGUGGGACAUGUACCAAUGGAUGGACACUGUAUUUGAUCGAAGGAAGAAUUGGUGCGUUGGUAGACUUGUGACGAACAGUUUGAAAGAGCUAGAGGCUGUAUCAUGAGUAAUUCACCUUCUACGCCAACCAAUUGGGGAAGUAAAUUAUGUCGUUGUUUCCUAUCAUCCAAUUUCAAUUCCAUUGCGCUAUAUAACCCUCCUAUAACCCUCCUAUACCCGAGUGGACUCAAUCCAUAUCUUUCGAAGCCAUUCAAUCUCAAGGCCUAGAGACCUUCAUAACGCCAGCCCAUCUGCAGUUGCUGCUGCGUGAUACCAUGCCUCAUAGCCUUCUGUGCAACCUC